AUGCCGCGCACGCGCCGAACCGUAGUAAAAAAGGAGUGCAGCUCGGAAGCGGAAGAGAUAGAAGCCAGCGAUGGAAGCCUAGAGGAACCAACGCCUGUGCAGCACAAGCGGUCGCAGAGCGAUAGCGAAACGAAAGCGGCGCUUUUGCCACUGAAACGGCGCACGAUGGGCAAAUGCAGUGCAACGGCCCACGACGCAGAGCACGCCGCUCCACUCCUCUCUGCGGAUGUACAAAACUCGUCGGACGAGGAUGAAGACGCACUUUUGCAGACCCAGCAACGCAAACGCGCGGCGACAUCGCGACUGCCUUUGCGCCGCCGUCGCUCAACCAAUGCAUCGUACGCAAUAUCCGAGACGACAGAGAGCGAAGGAUCCACGUACCAAGACAGCGCUGCCUCGAGCUCGGAACAUGAAGAAACCACACUCCCGACCAGCGCCAACGUGAGCGAUGGAGAAAUUAAAGAUGUGGUGUCGUACGAGCGCGAGAGCGACGAGAGCGACGUGCCACUCGCCCUUACGACCGCCAAGCAGCCCCCAUCUUCAAGAAAGCCACGCAAAAAGCCACGCAAGGAGCAAGGGCCCAAGAUCUCUUUAUUCCAGCGCCGCGUACAGCAGCUUGAGCAUGUCCACCCCGAGCUUGCCACCGUCUGGACCGCACUAAGACGCCCAACUCCCCAAGGCCCGAAACCAGUGGCCGCACAGCCCCAGCGAAUUUCAGUAAAGCUACUUCCCUUUCAGCGCGAGGGUCUCUACUGGCUCCAAGCGCAAGAAGAGAGCCCAUGGCGCGGCGGGAUCCUUGCGGACGAAAUGGGCAUGGGCAAGACAAUCCAGAUGGUGAGUCUCAUUGCGUCCGACGCAAAGCGCCCCAAUCUAGUCGUAGCACCCACCGUCGCGAUCCUGCAAUGGCGGAACGAAAUACAAUCGUAUGCACAAGGCCUCGAGGUUCUUGUAUGGCACGGCGCACAGCGCACCCAGGACAAGGCGACACUCGAGAAUGCGGACGUAGUGCUAACAAGCUACUCGGUCCUUGAGAAUGCAUUCCGCAAGCAGCACAUUGGAUUCCAGCGGCGGGGCAAGCGCGUGCGAGAGACGAGUCUUUUGCAUGCAAUGCACUGGCGCCGCGUCGUUUUGGACGAGGCACAUCACAUCAAAGAGCGCACUACAAACACGGCCAAGAGCGCAUUUGCGCUUUUGGCCGACUUUCGGUGGUGUCUGAGCGGGACGCCGCUGCAAAACCGUGUGGGAGAGCUGUACUCCAUGGUCCGCUUCCUCGGCGGCGACCCGUUCUCCUACUAUUUUUGCCGCGAGUGUCCGUGCAAGUCCGAGCGAUGGGCUUUUUCGGACCGCCGCUCCUGCGACAAGUGCGGACACAGGCCGAUGAAGCACAUCAACUUUUGGAACUUUUUCAUCCUCCGCCCCAUCCAGCGCGACGGCGCGGAGGCAGGCGAGGGUGCAGAAGCGUUUUCGCACAUGCGUUUGCUGCUAUCUUGCAUCAUGCUGCGCCGCACCAAGGUCGAGCGCGCGGACGACUUGGGACUUCCGCCGCGCACUGUCCAAGUGCGUGCAGAUCUGUUCACAGAAGACGAAGAGGAGCUCUACGCCAGCUUGUACAAAGCGACCACGCGCAAGUUUACCACCUUCCUUGACCAGGGCACUGUGCUGAACAAUUACAGCAAUAUCUUCUCCCUACUUACGCGGCUGCGCCAAAUGGCGAACCACCCCGACUUGGUGCUGCGCUCGGCGACCUUGGGGCAUGCGAAUCUCGAAGAGAUCAACGUUUGCCGCCUGUGUACAGAAGAAGCCGAGGACGCAAUUAUGUCGCGCUGCCGCCACGUCUUUUGUCGCGCGUGUAUACGGCAGUAUAUCGAGAGCUUUGAAGGCGAUGCAGACCAAUUUAGGCGCGAAGGCAUCGUGCCAGAUUGUCCAUACUGCCACGCCACGCUCUCGAUCGAUCUCGAGAGCCCUGCACUGGAGCCGCCGCAGCCCCGGGUACAGGACUCGCAGCGCCAAGGUAUCCUCUCGCGCCUGGACCUGUCCACAUGGCGUUCGAGCACCAAGAUCGAGGCGCUCGUCGAGGAGCUCACCAAGCUGCGCGCACUGCCCGACCGCUCGAUCAAAAGUCUUGUGUUUAGCCAGUUUGUCAACUUUCUCGACUUGAUUGCGUUUCGCUUGCAGCGCGCCGGUUUCCGCAUCUGUCGUCUGGAGGGAAAUAUGACACCGGAAGCGCGCGAUCGCACCAUACGCUACUUUAUGGACAAUCCCGGCGUGACCGUCUUUUUGGUCAGCUUAAAGGCCGGCGGUGUCGCGCUGAAUCUGACCGAAGCUUCGCGUGUCUAUCUCAUGGACCCAUGGUGGAAUCCUGCUGUGGAACUGCAAGCAAUGGACCGUAUCCACCGCCUUGGCCAGCACCGCCCCAUUGUUGUCAAACGCAUGAUUAUCGAGAACAGCAUCGAGAAGCGAAUUAUUGAGCUGCAAAACAAGAAGAGCGCAAUGAUCGAGGCGGCGAUUGGAAAUGACGACGCUGCUAUGGGACGCUUAUCCGUCGAUGAUCUCCGUUUCUUAUUCACGCUGUAG